UGGGCAGUAUAAAUCUAUCCUUGGUCCUGGGCUACUGCGAUGGGAUAACAGACUUCUUUGUCUUCCACUGGCACUUUAGCUUCGUGUCCCAAUCUUCAGUUCACACGAAGAAAAAAAAACAGAAAGAAGAUUUCAUAGGGUCCGGUUGAUGUUUGUGCAUGACCACGUAAUCCAGGUCAAUUAGAAUCUCACAUUACACAGAGACUGCAGACGGGUGGCUUGGAAACACUCUGCCUGCAGUGGGUAUGUCUUCAAAAUGUCAAAUAGAGCGUGCUGGAGUGGUUUAUGGAUAAAACUGGGCAUUUCAGAGCUUGUUUAAUUAGGCUUGCUACAAACUCCUGAAGAGUCAAGAAUUCGUUUCCGUGAUAAAAAUCAGCUUUCUGAAACAUGGGAAUGCAUGCAAAUCAGCUUCUCUUCUUCUCCAGCCUACUUUUUGUGACCUGCUGUGGCAAUGGUGGCAGAAUCUUAGUGUUUCCAGAAGACGGCAGCCACUGGGUGAAUAUGCAGGUCAUACUUAAAGAAUUGCAUGCCCGAGGCCACAGUCUGACCGUGGUACGCUCUUCAAAAAGCUGGUACAUUCAGGACAGUUCUCCUCUCUACACAUUUAUUAGUGUUAACCUGACUAACACAGAAGAAGGUAGCUCAGUGAUAUUUGAGACCUUGCUGGAGCGGUCACUAGCUUUACGUAGGAUGACACCGAUCCUGCGCUUUUUUGAACAGCAGAAGGACGUGAUGACCAUGCUGAAGAUAUUCCACAGUGGAGCCCUCAGUCUUAUCUCUACCAUGCUGGAUGACUCAGCACUGAUGGGAAAACUGAAGGAUGCUAAGUUUGACCUAAUGCUCACUGACCCUGCUUUCCCUGCUGGCGUUCUCCUGGCCCACUAUCUCCACUUACCCAUGGUGUAUAAUGUACGCUGGCUCAAUGCAGGAGAUGCACAUAUGGCCAUUGCUCCAUCUACGCCAUCUUAUGUUCCCAUGUACAACUCAUUGUUCAGUGACAGAAUGAACUUCCUGCAGAGGACUGAGAACUUCCUUCGCUAUUUAUUCAGCCUCCUUCAGGAACAGUUUGUUAUCUUACCCAUUUAUGAUGAAUUGCUAAAGAGGCAUUUUCCACUAAAAUCAGACCUUCUCACUAUGCAGCGUUCAGCAGAUAUUUGGUUGCUGCGUGUCGACUUUAUUUUUGAGUACCCACGCCCUAGCAUGCCUAAUGUGGUCUACAUAGGUGGCUUCCAGUGUCGCCCUGCUGAACCUAUUCCUACAGACCUGGAGGAGUUUAUGCAGAGUUCUGGGGUGCAUGGCGUGGUGGUCAUGUCCCUGGGAGUCAUGGUCACUGCUCUUCCUAAACAAAUCACAGAAGCCAUUGCAGCUGCCUUUGCUAAGCUACCUCAGAAAGUCAUAUGGAGGUAUGUAGGUGAACGGCCAUCGUCUCUAGGUAACAACACUUUGCUUCUUGAAUGGCUUCCUCAAAAUAAUCUCCUGGGGCACCCGAAGACGUGUGCAUUCGUGUCUCAUGGUGGUACCAAUGGCAUCUACGAAGCUAUCUAUCACGGGAUUCCAGUGUUACUUCUGCCACUUCUGUUUGAUCAGUUUGACAAUGCAAUUCGACUGGAAACCCGAGGUGCUGCACGUGUGCUCGAGGUCAGCACAUUGACUUCUGAAGAAUUCCUUGAAGCCCUCAAGGAUGUCAUUAAGAAUCCAUCUUACAGAAGCAAAAUUCAGAAACUCUCAGCACUUCACCGUGAUCAGCCCCUUCUUCCUAUAGACAGUGCAACAUUCUGGAUUGAGUAUGUUAUGAGGCACAAAGGAGCUCAACACCUGUACUCAGAAGGAAUUAGACUUCCAUGGUACUCCUACCAUAGUCUAGAUGUGAUAGGUUUUCUGGUAGUCAUCAUUAUAGCUGUACUCUGGGCCACUGUAUAUCUCAUUACAUUUCUUUGCUGUACACCAAACAGGAAGCAAAAGACUGAGUGAACUCCACCGUAGUCAUCUGUAGACAUGUGUUUUUGAUUUUAUUUUGACUUUAGGUAGAUAGGUCAUUUAACAGCGAAGACCAGUAAAUGUUACGUUUGCCACAUAAUAUUCAUUUUUAAUUAUGCAAUAAAUCAUCAAUUUCCUUACUGAUCAAAAGUAAAUCCUAAAAGUAAAAUCUAGUGUCAUGUCUAUUCAUUACAAUGUACAGGACAUGAAAUAAAAUUAGAUUUUAAUGUAAUUAUUUGUAAUCAUUUUGCAUCAUUUUUUACAUGUCUGGAAACUUUAUAUAACAUAUAAAGUAUAAUUUUUUGCAUUUAACAUAAAACAUAGAAUCAAGUAGAGAUAUUAGGUGUGUUAAUAUAUUAAUAUGGUGGAAUUAAAUUGCAUCUAGAGUGAGCACCUAGAUAUUUGCAGUGAUAGCUCACUGGAUGACUGACGUUGGCCUACGGAUUGGAAGGUUGUGAGUUCAAAUCUCAAGCUGCCAUUAUUUGGGCCUUGAGCCAGGACUUUAACUCUCUUCUUCUCGCUUGUGUAAAAAAAUUAAAAAACUGAAAGUCGCACUGGAUAAGAGUUUUGCCCCAAAUGGAAACAUGAAGAAUAAUCCUUUCAUCACACUUUGGCUUCAUGCAAAGAAUACAAAAAUAACAGUCUGUUUUGUGGUAGAUAUUUAUAUAAAUAUCAUCUUAAAGA